CUAAUGUAAUUCACAUGAGCGUUAGCAUACCAGCUUGUUUAAUCUUGAGUGCAGUCACAAUUAAAAAUAGAAAAUACAGCACAUACCAAGAAGGAAAGGACAUUACGAACCAACACAAACACAUUCCUCACGCUGGAAGUCGAUAAACAUUAUUUUAAAAAGCAAAGAAAACAGGAUGCACAGACAGCUGGCCAAUGUAAACUGUUUACACCCUUGCUCUUAACCUCGUGGUAGGCAUGGUGACGACGAUGAUGGUGAUGACGAUGAUGAUGGUUGUCCAUAAUGUCGUCGUACGUCGCGUAUUGUGCGGAUUAUUCGAGUCGGGUUAAUUUUGUGAAUUCGCCAUCGCCUCAAAACGUCCCCCAGCCGCGUGUGUUGAGUGAAAUUGUGCGGUGCAGCGUUCGGUGCGCGUAAAGGGAAUACCAACCAUGUGGUGCUGAGAGAAAAACAUCCAUCCAGUUGGUGCGUAAAACGUGUGCGUGUGUGUGUGUGUGUGCAUGUGUGUUAUUUCGUUUGAUGACGGGUUUCAGUAAACCUCUCCUUUCCUUAUCAGCUGUUGCGCUGCAGUGAAGGAUAAGCAGAUAACAAGGUGUAGAGAGGCAUUUGCAUUUACACAGUUUACACAAUUCUCACAACCUCAGCAAAGGUGAACCAAAAUGUCCUCCGAUGGAGACGAUUACGAUGUGCUCGUCUUUGGAUCGUGCAUAGUGGAUUUUAUAAGCUACGUGCCGCGUUUGCCCAAGGUCGGCGAAACCCUCCAUGGCACCCGGUUUGCGACGGGCAAUGGUGGCAAGGGCGCGAACCAGUGUGUGGCCGCCGCCCGGCUCGGCAGCCGUACCGCUUUCUUCGGCAAGCUGGGUGAUGAUCCGUGGGGUGCGGCCUACCGCACUGCCCUGGCCGCGGAAGGUGUCAACGUGGAGCAGGUCGAUCUGCUGCCCGGCGAAAGCACCGGUAUCGCACAGAUCAACGUAGCCGACAAUGGGGACAAUCAGAUCGUCAUCGUGACCGGUGCGAACAAACGUCUCGCCCCGGUCGAUGCAUUUCGCCGGCCGGAACUUUUCAAGCGGGCGCGCGUGCUGGUAUGCCAGCUGGAGACACCGAUCGAUGGGACGAUCGCUGCCAUGCAAUCGUUCCGGGGCAUCUCGAUCCUGAAUGCGGCCCCGGCGGAAACGAAUCUGCCCCGUGUGAUACUAUCCCUCCCGAGCAUAUUCUGCGUGAACGAAACGGAAGCCGCACUAAUAGCGGGCAUGCCGAGUGUUGCCGACGUUCAACAGGCGAAAGUGGCCACCCGCAAGCUGCAGACCAUGGGAUGCAAAACGGUCAUCGUUACGCUGGGCGAAAAGGGAGCCGUCUUUGCGCGAGCACUGGACGAUAAUGGCGACGGACAAGUGUACCACGUGAAGCCGCUGAAGGUGGACAAGGUCGUGGAUACAACGGGUGCUGGUGAUGCAUUUAUCGGUGCACUGGCGCAUUGCCUAGCGAACUAUCCCGAUGCAAAGUUGGGCAAUUGUAUUGCGGCCGCCAAUCGGGUGGCCGCAUGGUCCGUACAGAAGCCCGGCACACAGAGCAGCUUUCCGCGGGCGGAUGAGAUAGAGCUGCCGGCCGAUUUGGCCACCCUGCAGGACCAGUGGGGCUGUGUUUGAGCCGUACUCACCAUACCCACCCGGAGAGCGUGGUUUUCAUUACUUUUUGUGUCUCUUUAUUUGGGAUCGAUUUUUGUCAGCUAACAAGAGUUGAAAUAAAGUUUUGUUUGAAAUUAGUCCGUA